UCAUUUAUUCAGACACAUUCGGAAGGGACCAUGAGGGUCUUGAUCCUCAAUCGUCCAAAGGUCUUGAACGCACUCACUCCGCAGAUGCUCGUUUCUAUGACUUCUUGUCUCGUUGAUUGGGAGAAUAGUGAAGAGGUUGAUCUGGUGAUUUUGAAAUCAAGUAGCGGAGUAUUCUGUGCCGGAGGAGAUUUGAUUCCUUUGAUGCAGCCUGCCUCCUCCGACGUACCCGACACAACAUCAUUGACCGUCAAGAUUUUUCAACAGUCAUAUCGGUUGCAAAAUUUUCUUGCAAAGAUGUCUACACCGGUCGUCUGCUUCAUGGACGGCAUCACAUUCGGCGCAGGACUCGGAUUGGCACUUCACAUCCCCUUUCGCAUUGCUACGGAAAAUACUCGAAUAGCCUUUCCCGAGACCUCUAUAGGACUCUACCCGGAGGUGGGGGCUACGUUUUUCCUUCCUCGGAUGGAUGGCGAACUAGGAGCGUAUUUUGGCCUUACUGGCGUCGAAGUUCAUGGCUGGCAAGCUUAUCAAUCUGGCUUUGCGUCACACUAUAUCUCAUCAGCAUCUCUAGCCUCCCUUCAAGACCGUCUCUCGAUGACGGGAGAGGGUCGGAGCUUGGAUGCCAUUAAUCGUGUACUCACCAAUUUUUCAGUCGAUACGUUCAUAGAAGAUUCGUCCCGUAAAAUGCACGAUUGUGUUGGUUCAAAAAGACAAGCUAUCGAUCACUGCUUCAAGCAAGCCACGGUGGAGAUGAUAAUCGCUCAACUUCAAGAGGUCAUGGAUCAAAAUAUAUUCCGGGGUAAAGGGCUAGAACGCUGGGCAAAAGAAACCAAAGAGAGAAUUUUGGCACGUAGCCCAAGUAGCUCUAAGCUUACGCUGCUAGCCUUGCGAGAGGGAGGGAAUCUUGACAUUGAACAGUGUUUUGAGAUGGAAUUGAAACUAUCAGCUACGUGUUGUAUACAUACGGAUUUUUUCACGGGUGGAACACAUCUGAUAAAGAAGCAAAGGAACAGGCCAGCCUGGCGGCCCAGUACUCUAGAAGACGUAAGCCUCGAAUACAUCCGUCAAUAUUUCUUCUCUGCACAGGCUCCUCCUUCCACCUAUCUUCCUCCAUCUGGCUACAUUUCAACAUCCAUCAAGCCCUAUAAAUCAUAUCCACACGCACAUUAUUCCUUGCCAGGCAAAGAGGCAAUCAAAGGUUACGUCAACAUGAACCCAAAGAUGACAAGGACAGAGUUAAUUGAAUUGAUUGAACGUUGUAGAACUCUUUCAGUACACAGCUGA